AAAAUUUUGGAAUGUUUCUGAUUUCAGUGUCAGAAUACUUUCAUUCAUAUAUUAUACUGCUUUUUUGAAGUUUAUUAAGAUUGAGUUUGUUUUUAUUGUUGAGCAUAGUUCCAUAUUUAAUUAAGCAUAGUAUGGCAAGAUUAUUCGACCACUUUAUGAACCGACGGCAUAACGAUUGAUUGAACCGCAAAUAGACAACAGUCACUAAUCCGGUUAAGUGUUUAUUUUAGUUUUAUCCAUCUCGUCCUAGUUUCUUGUUGACGACACACAGCAGUAUCUGACCGAGUAUUUGUGAACGAUUCUGGCUUUGCUCAGUAAAUCCCGGGUUUGUUCGUUGCUGAAAUUCGUGAAUUCUUGAAAUGGGAACAAAUCGUACGGUCACAUCUCCGCCGAGAUCAUAUGCGGACAUGGCUAAACAGCUGGACUGCUACGACACCCUGAAACAUCUGUCCAACGAGGAACUGCGUCAGCUUGUGGAUAAUGAGGAACGCGUGCAUUCCCUCGUACUGGACUCUGCGGAUUUGAUACGACUAUCCGACCAAAAACAGGAGAUAAUAGCGGAAAACCUGAGCAUGGCGGAGUAUAAUCUCGCACGCGAAAGGGAAUUGCAGGAGGCACGGGAACGCCUGUAUCGCUCUCAUCUUGUUCUCGGUGAUAAACAACAGGAAUACGAGCAAACCAAACGCCAACACGAUGCUGUCGUGGGAGGUCCGUCAAGCCCUGAUCUGCUUUUGGAUAAUUUGCGGAUUCUGGCAGCGAAUGCCGAUAGUGAUUCUGAAAGAAUGGCUCAAGAAUUUGUGGAUGGAGAAAAAACCAUUGACGCAUUUCUGUUGGAAUACAUCCCGAAACGAACGGAAGUCCAUGUCCGAACGAUAAAAGUCGAAAAGUUUAACCGGUAUCUCCGCGGUGGAUCUGCAAACAGUCAACAGACGUUUUAUUAAUGACAAUUAUAAAUACACAUGAUUCUGAUGACUUCUUUUUGCGUUUUCUUUGUCGAUAUGUUGGUCACAAGUUUUACAUACAUGGCAUAAGCAGCUCCAUGAUUUUUCCAUUUUUGAUGUGUUUUUACUUUUCAAAACUUCCUUCUAUGCAAUAGUUCUGAUUUCUUUUGUUUUGAUGUAGAAGUAUCAUGCGUUG